GUCUGCCGCCGCGCGAGACGUCACACGCGAGGCUCGCUUCCCGAAGAUGCCCCCCAAGCCCCCGGGCCUGGAUGAGCUGGCGGCGCGCACGGCCGUCCGCCCGGUAGCACACGGUCCUUCACGAGGCUCCGGCGACCACUAAGACGAUGCCGUUCCCCUCCAUGGAAGUGGGCAGCAGCAGCAGCAGCUCAGCUCCCGGCGACACAUCUGGCUCGGUGGUGCAGGUGUGCUUCCCCGGGGCUCAGGCCUCGGCGCUGGACAGCCUGAACCGGCAGAGAGAAGACGGCCGGCUGUGUGACCUCUCCAUCCACGUGCAGGGACAAGUGUUCAAAGCCCACCGCUGCGUCCUGGCCGCCUCCUCGCCCUACUUCCACGACCAGGUGCUACUGAAGAACAUGUCCACCGUCUCCAUCCCGGCGGUGAUGGACCCGCUGGCGUUCGAGAGCGUGCUGAGCUGCGCCUACACCGGCCAGCUGUGCAUGCUGCGCGAGGACAUCGUCAACUACCUCACGGUGGGGAGCGUCCUGCAGAUGUGGCACAUCGUGGACAAAUGCACCGAGCUGCUGAAGGAGGGCCGGGCUGCAGCAGGGGGAGGGAGCGGAGGAGGAGGCGGCGGCGUGCAGGAUGGAGCAAAUGUUGGAGGAGGCGGGGUCUCGGCCAACCUUGGAUGCAGCAGCAGCGACGGGGUCGCAGGCGGCGGCGGCGGCGAUGUGGCUGGCGGUGGUCACGCCCAGGCGGAGGGGUCCAACGAGCCCCAGCGCGCCCCCCAAGCUCCCAGCCGGCCGUCAGUCAGUGAGAGCCAGUCCCCCAGCAGCACCAACUACUUCAGCCCCCGAGACGGGAGCGGCUUCGGGGGGGGCGGGGCGGCCGCAGCCGGGGCGGCGGUGGACGGGGGCGGGGCCAGCACCACCCCCCGCUACUGCACCCGGUCGGGAGGAGAGGAAGCCUUCCUGGUUGAGGAGGAGGAAGAGGAGGAUGAUGAGGAGGAGGUGUUGUACCACCAAAGGAAGAGAGGAAGAGGAGUCGGAGGCAGCGGCAGGAGGAAGAAAAUGAGCUGUGCGCCGGAGCAGGAGGUCGGCGUCAGCGACAGCUUUGGCGUGUCCUCUUAUCAGGACGGGGAGGACUCGUCUCUGCCUCUGCAGAAGCGUCCGGCCUACAUCCAGCCCAGCAUCAUGCCGCGGAAACAGUGGGUGGUGGUGAAAACCGAACGCAUGGAGGACGACGACCUCAUCGUGGUGUCCGGGGAGGAGGGAGGAGAGGACGAGGACGAGGAGGACGAGCGGGAGAUGGAGCUGGCCAGGGAGAGGGAGAGAAGCGACUUCAACAUAUCCAACGUCCGGAGCCUCUCGGCUGAUCUGGGAGGCCGAGCAGAGAGCGACAUGGACUCACAGGUGGACUUCUGCCAGUCGUCGGAGGACUACCUGAAGUUUGAAGGCAGCUUAAUGGAGCAGACGUUGGCUCACCUUCAUGACAGCGCUGCAGGUCAGAGCCAGAGCGCCAGCCGCGCCGUGUCGGCGCUGCUGGGCCAGGUCCAGUCGGGCGCCUCGGCCCGGGCCCAGCUCUUCCCCCUGGACAUGCAGGGGAACCAGAUCCUCCUCUACAGCCAGGCCUCGGGGCUCUCCCUGGACGCCGCCGCGCCCCCCCUCGGCGUGGCCGGCGGCGCGAUAGGAGGAGCCCCCUUCAAAGGUCCCGGCCUGGAGCACGGUGCGGUCCACCUGCCGGCACAGGGCGCUUUGGGAGUCGACGGCAUGGACGCUGUGGCGGUAGGGGGAGGGGCGGGCGCCGGGGGUCCAGGGAAAGUGUUCAUGUGCCACUGUGGCAAGAGCUUCACCCACAAGAGCAUGAGGGACCGCCACAUCAACAUGCACCUGGACCUGAGGCCCUUCCACUGCCCCGUCUGCGCCAAGAAGUUCAAGAUGAAGCACCACCUCACGGAGCACAUGAAGACGCACACGGGCCUCAAGCCGUACGACUGCCUCGGCUGCGGCAAGAAGUUCAUGUGGCGCGACAGCUUCAUGCGGCACCGCUCGCACUGCGAGAGGCGUGGCGGGCUGGGGGAGGGCGGCGAGGGCGGGAGAAGGGGAGCUGGGGAGGAUGGAGCAGAUUUGAUCGCCUCCCCUCACCUCCUCCUGUCUGGGGGCGAGGGAGGACACAGCGGCACCCUGGGAGGGGGGAGAGGAGGGGGAGAAGAAGGAGAAGGGGGAGGAAUGUCUUCUUCUUCUCCGCAUCACUCCGGCGUCUCAGCCACAGGAAGUAGCAGCAGCCACGGUGUGAGAAACAUGAGCAGCAACAUGGCCGUCUCCCAGCACGCCGGUCAGGGGUCGGGGAUCUUCGGUCUUGGGUUGGGCCCAAGUGUGUGUGAUGAGGACGUGUGUGAAGUCGGCGCCGACGACGGCAGCGUGACAUAAAGCGGCGGUGGGUGUCUGUCCGACGGGCGCCGCGGUCUGAGACGCCGCCUGCUGCUGUUUUUACAACUCGGUCAACGCGGACCGCCUGAGUCCCUUUGACCCGCCCGCUCAGCCUGUCACACAGGAAGUGGGUACGUUGUCUGUCAGAGAGGGGGGGGACUCUCUGUGGGACACGUAGCUGAACAAAGUCCUGAUGCCGUCUCAAGUAACCACAAUUCUUUUGUUUGCCUCCGGAAAGUGACCUCAUCAAAAAAUGGUUUCCCAGAUGUUAGUAAAGUAUAUUUUUUGGAGGGGGGAAUUAUGGAAGAAUGCCUUAAUGAGGGGGGGGGGGGGGGUACUUCUGCUAGCGUAACCUGCUUUUCUUGUUGUCCAGAGUUCUCGUACUUUUAAGGAGUAUAUUAUUAUCGUAAAUAUAUACAAAUAUGUAUGUGUAUAUAUAUAUAUAUCUAUAUAUAUACGGUUUCCACUCAUUAGGCCUGGAACAAGCAGCGACUUGUAACGCUGAUGCGUUCGCUGUCUCCGAAGUGUUCAGCUGUAGAGACAAUAUUUGAAGGUGUUCCUCAGAGAAGGUCCUGGGCUCCAGUGAAAGGGGGACGUUGGUCUCAUCUCAGCUUCACACGCCGUGUUUAUGAGCAUCACAUUCUCUCCCCAUCACAGCACAAACGUCCUGUAUAUCCAGUGGUAGUUUGGGGAUUUAUAAAACCACUGAUUGAUUAGCUGAUUAUUGAACAGUGAUAGUUUUGAUUGUGUUUUUGAAAAUGAAGAAAAACACAGAAGACUUUGUUGUAAUUGGUUGUUUUUCUCUAAAAUAUGUAAGUAUUAAUGCUUGGCAACAAUUAAAAAUUUUAAACGCGAUUAAUCGCAAUAUUUUUGCAAUUCUUCUUAAUUGCGAUUAAUCCUGGUCCAUCCAUGGUCCUCUUAUCGGGGAUCGUGUCGCGGUGGCAGCAGGCCCAGCAGGUUGACCAAGACUUCCCUCUCACCUGCAACAUGUUCAAGCUCAUUCCGGGGGAUCCCGGAGCGUUCCCAGGCUAGCUUGGAGAUUUAAUCCCUCCAGCGUGUCCUGGCUCGUCCCUGGGGUCUCCUACCUGUUUGGUGUGAUUGAAAACCCUCCAGGGGGGGGGCGUCCAGAAGGGAUCCUAGUUAGAUGCCCCAACCGCCUCCGCUGACUCCUUUUGACACAAAGGCGCCUCAACUCCCCCAAGUUCCCUCCUGAUAUCCGAGCUCCUUACCCUCCUUUCCAGCACCCAGGCGUAGACUUCCACACUCUGACUGUAACCAUCGUUGUGUCUGUAUGUAUUCAGAGACAACUGGAACAGGAUUUUUUUAUUCGUUAACACGCUAUAAAAUAAUUGUCGUACAACUUAAUAAAUGUGCAACGCGAUAACGUGCCCAGCACUAAUAAAUACAUGGUUGUAAA